GGUGCUCUAUGGUGCAAUUACUUGAUAUCAGUCUGGCUAUCAGAACAAUCCUUUGCGUUUUUCAAGUUGGCUGCUACCCAGCAUGAGUCCAUGUGCAACGCUUCUCAAUCUCUCAUUCCCGAAUCACCAGGGAUGAGCAUUACCGUGGCUCCCCAGACUUUUACCUCCAAACCGCCCGAUGAUCAUCGAACUAUCUCCAUGCACGAUAUGUAGAAGCAGGCGAGCACACAAACAUGCAAUAGUGUCCUUUGGUUCACUCGACAUCUUUUCAACGACACGCUUCCAGGACAUACUAAUUCUCUGCUGGUACUCUGAUAAUACUAUUACACAGGGCCGGAACGUCCAGGGGAUUACUUGGUCAGAGAAAAGCGGCAUAUGCAACUUCAAUCUAUUCCUUCAGACCAUCAAACGAUUUACCGCUGAGCGCUGAGGCCUAAGGCCCGGAUUUUGCCCGCCCCCUGUCUCCGCUAGGCAGUUUUUCAAAGUGGGGAUAAGAAGUAAGGCAU